AUGUCUGCCGUCGCCCCCCUAGAGGCCGUCUCCUUGGACACGCCCAAGAGGAAGGCCGACCGGUCCCCAGAGGACCACAAGCCACCCAGGAAGCGGUUCCUGGAGAACGACGACCUACCGCUGCUCUCGGACCCGGAGUCCUCGGACCAAGAGCUAGACCAAUCGUCUACCAGCGCCGACCCCGAGUUCGUGACGCAAGAGAAGAGGAAGACCGUCCAGCAGAGGAAGAGGCAGCAGACACGAGCCGUGGAGGUCGCUCCUGCCCCCCGGGAAGCGGAUCGGAGGAGACCCACGGAGGGGCCCCCCCGGUACCGCCUAGUGCACAGGGGAGACUGCACCAGCGAUUACCUCGCGGUGCGACACCUGGAGACACUGCGCCGCCCGGCGCCGGCUGUGCACCUCCAGACCCCGACGCCAUUCCUCCUGACUCCGAGGGACGCGGCCGCGGCCGAGUUUCUCGAGGAGGUAGUAGCUCGUCGCCCUCGAGGCAUUGUCCUCCAGAGGCUGGAUCAAGCACCGAGGAGAGUGAAGGGGGUGCUUGUGGGGUACCCCCUCGAGUACGAUGCCGAGGACAUCAGGAAACUAACAGACAGCGGAGUGACUCACGUCAGGCGUUGCCAUGUCGUGAGAGAAGGACGGAGACUACCCACGAGGAACGUGGAACUGGUCAUGGACCGGGAAUCGCUUCCCAAGGACUUGUCACUCGGCUGGCUCGGCAGGUACCGCGUACGGCCUUUCGUAGAGGAGCCGACGCGGUGCUUCAAGUGCCAGAAGUUUGGCCACGUGGCCAGGCUCUGCCGCGGGUCGCGGCUAACCUGCGCGGUGUGCGCGGGCAACCACGACUCCAUCGUGUGUAUCGGAGCCAGACGGGAGGAGGCCAGCCGGCCUCCGCCAAGAUGCUGCAACUGCGGCGGGAGCCACCCAGCGUGGUCGCGGAGGUGCGCGGAGCGGCGGCGGCGACUUCCAACCACGGAGAGGGGACCGGUGCCCCAGCCGCGAGGCCACGGCCAGACGGAGAUGACGGCGCCACCACGGCCCCCGCCCCCGACGGAGGAAGACUAUCCGCCGCUACCCGCUCAGCAGCCACUGCGGCCAGGGAGCGCACCCCGCCGCAGGAGGAACCGAAACAAGAAGAAGAGACGACCAGCAACCACGGCGGAGGGACCCACUCCCGCCCCAGUGGAGCGGCGCACGCCCACAGAGACGGAGCACCUCAGCUCAGCCGGAGCGGAGACGCGUGCGUCGUCCGGGACGGAGGCCGCCCCGCCACUCAGCCGUUCGAGGAGGAUGAGCGCGCCCGGCCGUCUAGACGCUGGGUUGCUGAAGACGUUUUGGAUCAGCCCAGACUCCACCAGGAAAGCGACCGUCACCUAUCGCCCCACCGCUCCGACCUUCGACCUGCACGACCUGAUGGUGCGCCUGCAAGCAGUGAUGGCAAGAAUGCACUGCGACCUGCUACAAGCCCUGGGCGCCCAUCGCACCUCGGCGACGGACGCUGUCCUGAAGAGAGCAGAGACCGACCUACUGACCUUGACGCCAGGGACGCCGAGGAAGACGCGACCGACGACGAACUCCGUGGACGAGGAGAACCCAAUGCUGGAGGACUUCCGGGCCGCCCAGGCCUGA